GUGACACGAAGGCUGAGUGCUCCUGUUUCCUUUCUUUGACAUUUGUCUGCAAUCACAGUCGAUCACCCACGUGCAACUACCUCUUGUCACACCUAGUCGUUGUCCAACACUACUCACAGCCAGCUACCAUGUCUACCUCUUACUACCAGUAUCCCACCGGAACGCUCCCGGUUAACGUACCCGGAAAGACACCGCAGAAUGCCCGACACGCACGAAACCCGUCUGCGUACAGCCAGCUAUCGGCGUCACCACCAGAACGCCCAGAGAGCGUCUCGUCGACUGGUGCGGGAUUGUACUCCUCUGCAUCAAGCGCAUAUGGCGGCAGCGACUACGACUCGUCGAGCGGCGCCACGAGCGUCGAUCUGCUCGAUUACAUGAACGAUCGUCUUUCGCAAGCUUACAACCCAAUUCCAUUGGACAAGAAUUUGGCGAGCCAAGCGCAAAUGUCUGGCGCACUAAAUGCGAAGAACCGCGAAAUAUUAGCAUUGCAAGCACAGGCCAGAGCACGAUUGGCAAAGACUCGCGCCAACUUCGCAGAAGGCAUGCAAGCUGCAAAAGACGUGCAACGAGACCUCGAUUGGACGCAAAAGAAAGUCAGCGCAUUGAACGCACGAGCAGCGCAAAAAUACCCACAACAAUACCGCGCAGCAAGUCAAAGAUAUCCGGCUCCCGUGGACUAUUAGUCGCCAAAACGAUCCUGGAAGUUUCAGCAAAGAGUGUAAUGAUACCGGCGCGAUCCUUGACGAUAUUACGACGACAAUGAGAUUUCCAUUCACUGUACAAUCAUUGAGAAAGAAGAGACGACGUCUGGACAAGCUUCGCAGACGACGAGGCCCAUGCUCCAGUACCUUGCAUAGGGCUACCGUGCGGACCACUACGCUUUUUCUCUCAGAUGCGUGAACGACGUGCAGUAGUUCUUGCGCCAUACUUUUUUACCGGAAGGUAAAAUGUGCCGAGCAGGGGACGCGGCGGCUAUGAUCCGGCGUGGCUCCUUGAGGGAACUGUGACGAGGCGUCAGUAUUGGGGCAAUGGGAGGCUUUUCCUUGGGCGUUUUGCGCGAUUCUAUUCGUUCGUUGGCAUGUUUGAGGGAGGGUAUGUAGCCCUUUUGGGUUUUGAAUCUGACUCGUUUCUGUGCGGGUGCUCUCUUUUGGUGGGCGCUGCUGCGCCGCUGCGAGUGUCUGAUGAUGACCAUCCGCCUCGAGAUGAGGACGGAUGGAGGUGUAGCACGUGUGCUAAGGUCUCACAAAGAUCUGAUUCGUGAUUUGAUCGUGGAAGCUCUCGUAGUACAGAGAUGCCGAAUGGCCAAUCAUCGGCUGCCAUUGGAAGGUAUGAGACAGCCGAGCGGAGAGCCAGAGAUGCACGUCUGCCCAAUGUCCACUGUGGCACUCACUUUCAGCCACUCUGCCGCGCC